UCGGGGGACAUGAAGGCCGUGCCGCUGCCCCGCCCGCGAGCGUCCGCGCGGCGGCGCGUGUGGGUGCUCGCCGUCGCGGCGCUCGUCUCCGUCGCGCUCGUCUGGGCCUACCACUACCCGCCGCAGCAUUACGCGUCCCCCAUGCGGGACUGGCUCCCCGCGCAGCCCGACAGGGAGUUGACCGACGACGAAAGGGCCUCGCGCGUCGUCUUCAGGCAGAUCCUCCUCACGCCUACACUUCCGUCCAGGAGCUCCAAAAUCGCCUUCAUGUUCCUCACCCCCGGCACGCUGCCCUUCGAGAGACUAUGGGAGAAAUUCUUCGAGGGUCAUGAGGGAAGAUAUACCAUAUAUGUUCACGCCUCAAGGGAGAGGCCAGAACAUGUCAGUCCCUUGUUUAUUGGUCGAGAUGUACACAGUGAUAAGGUACAAUGGGGUACGAUCUCUAUGAUUGAUGCCGAGAGGAGGUUAUUGGCGAAUGCUCUGCAAGACAUUGACAACCAGCAUUUUGUGCUGCUCUCUGACAGUUGCGUGCCUUUGCACAACUUUGACUACGUCUAUGACUACCUGAUGGGAACAAAUCUCAGUUUUAUUGACUCCUUCUAUGAUCCUGGGCCACAUGGAAAUUUUAGAUAUUCAAGAAAUAUGUUACCUGAGGUUAGAGAGGCUGACUUCAGGAAGGGUUCACAGUGGUUCUCACUCAAGCGCCAACAUGCGUUGAUGACAAUUGCGGACAGUCUUUACUAUACCAAGUUCAAGCUUUAUUGUAAGCCAGGGAUGGAAGAUGGGCGUAAUUGCUAUGCAGAUGAGCAUUAUUUGCCAACACUAUUCAAUAUGAUGGAUCCACAUGGAAUCUCGAAUUGGUCUGUGACUCAUGUUGACUGGUCGGAAGGGAAGUGGCAUCCAAAAGCUUAUCGGGCGCAGGAUGUCAGUUAUGAGCUCCUCAAGAAUAUAACUUCAAUUGACAUGAGCCACCAUGUCACAAGUGAUAGCCAGAGAAUUGAGACACAUAACCCUUGCUUAUGGAAUGGAGUGAAGAGACCGUGCUACCUGUUUGCGAGAAAGUUCUACCCUGAAUCCAUGAACAAUCUCAUGAACCUGUUCUCGAAUUACACCCUCUUCUGAGUCUCUCUGGAGUGUAUGGUGCUCAUCCUACACUCCACUCGACAGCCCCAACUAUACAUGAAUUUACAGGAGAUAUAUUGCUAUAGAAACAUCUGUACAUUGGAGAAGGACAUCAGGUUCAUUGACAAUUGCUGGUUAUAGAAAAAUAGGGAGAAGGCAUUCGCUUCAGUAAUUGAGUGGUUCCAAUCUCCAUGUCAGGCCACUGUAACUCCUGAACAUCACACAUUUAGGACCACCUUAUUCUUCUUACAGUAUUAGUUUCUCUAGAGAUUUUUAGGUGCAGAUUCUGCCAUGUAUAUCAUUAUUGUAACUCGGAAAAGCCAUUAGAUGAGAUCCUAUUUUUGGUUAUACAUACCCCUGAGUAUACUGAAA